UUCUUUCUUUCUCGUCUGAUCCCUCAAAAUGAUGAACGAAACCCUCGUAAUCGUCUUCGUUGCCGUCUUUGCUCUCCUUAUAUACUACGGUCCAUACGACAUUCCAUCUCAACUUCCACCCUCCCAUAUCGUCCAAACAUUUACUGAAUCCUGCGGACAUGUGUUCAACGUCCCAACAAAUGGAUUCGUUUAUUCCUCCAAUUGCAGCGAUCCCACAUACCAACUAGUCUGUGAGAAUAGCAGAAGUGUGUUGCAUUUAAACUAUGGGAGGCACUUAGUAGAAGCCAUUUAUGCCACUAACUCUACAACUACUCUCCAAUCCGUUACCGCUGGACUUGACUUCAACAACUGCUCUGCAAUCACUCGUCAUUCCCUCUCAUACAACAACUUCAGCCAAGCUUUCACAGCCAAAACGACAGAACUAGACUCCAAAAAUUACCACUUCAGUUAUUAUGUGGGAGGAUUAGUGUUUGUCAGCUGCCAAAAUCCACUCUCUCUUGAUCUGAAUCCGGAUAUUGUGGCGCUUUGUGCUAAUGAAGCGCUAGAAACAGUUCAUUCUUAUGUGCUGAAGGGGUAUAAAUCAAGUGAUGUGCCAGAGUCAUGCAAAAUAGAUUUGAUGGUGAAGAUAGUGCCAUGGGGACCAAUGACAUGUAAGGAGAACUGUUCAUAUCCACAAGUGCAGAGCCAAGAGGUAAAGGGGAUUCACAUCAAAUGGCACCCAAAACGUUGUGGGGUGUGGGAAGCAUCAGGGCAACCUAGCUGCUGGUUUGAAAAUGCCACUAAUAUGGUUCUUUGCCAUCACCAGGUUGAGGACAUAGCAUCUUUUUACUGGGGCUGGUUUGCCGCCUUCGUUUGGAGCGGGAUAAUUAUAGUAACUCUCUGGUCUGGAGCUAAAUUUGUACUGGGUGCCCCCUGUGCUUUAAUAUUCUUGAUUCUUCGAUGGAAAAGAAGGCAUCAUUUUUAUGACAACGUUGAGGACUUCCUCCGAAAUAAUAGCAACUUGAUGCCCAUCAAGUACUCCUACUCAGAGAUCAAGAAAAUGACCAAUGGCUUCAAACACAAGUUGGGUGAAGGAGGCUAUGGUUAUGUGUACAAAGGUAAGCUUCGAAGCAAUCGCGAUGUAGCCGUCAAGUUACUGGCAAAGUCCAAAGCCAAUAAUGCGCAAGAUUUCAUUAGCGAAGUUGCCACUAUUGGCAGGAUUCAUCAUGUCAAUGUGGUGCAGCUGAUUGGAUUCUGUGCUGAAAGAAAUAAGCGAGCUCUUGUUUAUGAAUUUCUGCCUAAUGGAUCACUUGACAAGUACAUAUUCUUGGAGAGACAAAGCAACACGCCCAUCAAUUACGAGAAAAUAUUUAACAUUUCUCUGGGGAUUGCUCGAGGAAUUGAAUAUUUACAUCGAGGAUGUGAUAUGCAAAUUCUACACUUUGAUAUCAAACCUCACAAUAUCCUUCUUGAUGAAAAUUUUAAUCCAAAGAUUUCGGAUUUCGGAUUGGCUAAGUUGUACCCAUUAGAUAAUAGUAUUGUGUCUCUGACAAAUGCAAGAGGAACAUUUGGAUACAUGGCUCCUGAAUUCUUGUACAAGAACAUUGGAGGAAUAUCGCACAAAGCUGAUGUUUAUAGUUUUGGGAUGCUACUAAUGGAAAUGGCUGGCAGAAGGAAGAACUCGAAUGUCAUUGAGCAUUCCUGGCAGACCUAUUUUGCUAAAUGGGUUUAUGAUCAAUUUGAGGAAUCAAUAGAGAGGAGCAAUAUCUCAGAUGAGGAAAGAGGAAUUGCAAAGAAGAUGAUUAUAAUAGCUUCACAUUGCAUACAGAUGUAUCCUAAUGAUCGACCUUCCAUGAAGAAUGUGUUAGAGAUGCUUGAGGGAGAAAUGGAGCUUCAAGAGGCUCUUCCUCCCUAAAUUU